AUUAAGGCAGCCAAUCAGAGGAACGAUGUAGGGGUUAAUGGUUCGCUGGAUUGAGCAGUUUUUUAGUUCUGUAGGGAUGGCGGAUGGCUUUCUGAUGGAGGUGUGCGUGGAUUCAGUGGAAUCUGCAAUAAAUGCUGAAAGAGGAGGUGCCUGCAGGAUCGAGCUGUGUUCCAGCCUAAUGGAGGGAGGCAUCACACCCAGUAUUGGUCUGCUGCAGGUUGUGAAGCAGCAUGUCCAGAUCCCUGUGUUUGCCAUGAUCCGCCCACGUGGGGGAGACUUCCUGUACUCAGACCGCGAGGUGGAGGUCAUGAAGAGGGACAUCCACCUGUGCAAGAGUCACGGGGCAGACGGGGUGGUGAUGGGGGCUCUGAGCGAGGAUGGGAGUGUAGACACAGAGCUCUGUGUGGAGCUGCUGGCUGCUUCACGACCCCUGCCGGUUACUUUUCACAGAGCCUUUGACAUGGUGCGGGACCCUGUGGUUGCCUUGGAGACCCUGAUAGCACUGGGGUUCGAGAGAGUGCUGACGAGCGGGGGUGACACCAGUGCCCUGGAGGGGCUGCCUUUAAUAAAGAAGCUGGUCGAGCAGGCUAGAGGAAGAAUAAUUGUUAUGCCUGGUGGAGGAAUCACAGAGAGGAACUUGCAGAGGAUCCUGGAGGGCUCUGGGGCUCAGGAGUUUCACUGCUCUGCUCGCUCCAGCAAGGACUCUGCAAUGAAAUUUAGGAACUCUUGUGUUAGCAUGGGGGUAGCAUUGUCCAACCCUGAAUAUGCACUCAAAGUGUCAGAUGUGAGCAAGAUUCGAACCCUGAACGCCAUCGCCAAGAACAUUUUGUAAAGGCUAAUGGGAACAGGCAGCCCAUGUAAACUUCUGAGAACAAAACCACUGAAAUAAUGAAACUGAGUUAGAAAAGUGACAAGUUACAAUUUGUUUUGGUCCAGUUUACCAGAGCACCUCUACUCAUGAAGACACAUCCACGAGAGAGUGCCUGGCUGUUAAGGGCGGUGCUUUGUUUUGUACACGCAAGCACACUCAUCACGUCAUAGUGGUGCAGCACACAACUGGGAGCAGAGUGCGAUGGAUUAAAACGAUUUAGAAAGAAAGCAUUGUACUGCAAAUUGGCACUAUGUCAAUGCGUUGCUAGUUUCAUAUGUUCUUACUGUUCUUACUUUAUUUGCCAAUAAUUAUUCCAAUUGCUCUCAAUUCCUUCUGAUUUCGGAGCCUCUUCAGUUGAUCUAAAUAUCCUGUCAGUUUAAAUCAUUAACAUAUUUUACUUGCACAUUUUGUUUUGAAAGACAUGCUUUUAGAUGAGCCUAUUUGAACGCUUUGAUCAACUGAAAAUACCUUCUACUCAUGGCUUAAAGCAUUUCUAGCUUAAUCGUGUUCUACAGUGCAAAUGCCCCACUGAAUCCCUGUUGUGCUGAUGUCUGGUGUGACUGUGUAAUGGGAGGUUUAGAGCACCUGAUGAACUAAAUACUGAGAAGCUGUCAAUGUGUUCCAGCAUCUUGAUAACCAUGCUGGGUGGUGUGUGUGUCAGCCUUGCACUCUGGGUUCAUUCUAGUCUGUACUGGAUCAUGAUAUAUCUAUUGUGUCAGCUUUGUACUCUGUGACUGAGAUUUAAAAAGAAAGAGAAGAAGUGAAGCAUGAUGUUGAUGUUUCAUCCAACUGUAAUAACAUUUAUUGGGGACAUGUCCUUCAAGCCACUACAGCCUUUAAAUUCAGCAUUUCUGUCUCCACUAAAGGAUCCUGUGGGCACACGAGGAAUGCUGGUGACAACAAAACGCAUGUGCAUUUUUUUUUUUAAAUGUCAUUUGUUUGAUUAAAAGAAAUAAAAAAUA